CAGGUCUCUUGAUCCCAAAUGUGCAAGUCUAGCUUCAGGCGACUUUUAUGAUAACAUUCUGAAUAAGCCUGCUGCGCUCGCAUCCCUCCAGGACAUGGACUCCGAUUCUAAGCUUCACGCACUCGAAUAUUACCACAAAUUGCCAAGUUCGGUUAAGCGCCGGAUCAGAGCUCUUAAAAAGCUUCAGCAUGAGACUGUUAUGAUAGAUGCAACCUUCUAUCGCGAGCUUUUUGAGCUAGAGAUGAAGUACGAUACUAAGCACCAAGAGGUGUUUAAUCGAAGGAGACUCAUUGUUACGGGAGAAAAAGAACCAAACGAUGAUGAAUGUGACUGGCCUAAUGAAGAGAAAGAGCUUGAAAACAUUACUUUAGCUCUUAAAAAUAUUUGCGUAAAGGAAGGGAAUAAUAUUGAUGAAAGUAUUAGGGGGAUUCCAGAUUUCUGGUUCUUUGUUCUCAAGAAUGCCCCUCUCGUUAACGAAAUGAUUCAACCUAAUGACGAGCCUAUCCUUAAAUGCCUAGAAGAUGUUAAGUGUAUAUUAGUCAGCGGAGAAGAGCCAGGCUUUUACCUAGAAUUUCACUUCAAAGAGAAUGACUACUUUUCAGACAAGUGUCUUACAAAGCGUUACUUCUUUAGUUAUCAGCCCUCUGAUGAUGCUCCUUUAGAAUAUGAGGGCCCUGAAAUUGUGAGAGCUAAAGGGUGUGCGAUUAAUUGGAAACCUGGAAAAAAUGUAACUGUAACCUUAGUAAAAAAGGUGCAAAAGCACAAAGGCAGAGGUGAAAAACGAACCAUCACUAAAGCAAUCAAACAGGAUUCCUUCUUCAAUUUCUUUGAUCCACCUGUUUAUGAUCUCACUAGUGAUCUGGACGAAGAAACGGAAGACCUUUUGGAAGCUGAUUUUAAAAUCGGUCAAGCAAUGCGUGAAGGACUGAUUCCGAGAGCUGUACUUUAUUUUACUGGAGAGGCUCUAGAGCCUGAGUAUGACGACGAAUGUGAAGAUGAAGAUAUGGAAGACGACGAUGAAGAAAGCAACGAAUCGGAUGAUGACAAUGUGCAGCAGCUUGGAUCUUCAGGGGGACAGAAGGGAAAGAAAAAGCGUGGACCUCACCCAACAAACGGCGCCAAGGAUACUGAAAAACCAGAAUGCGAACAGCAAUGA